AGUUUUCAUGAUGGAAGUUCUUUCUGUCUUUGCAAAGCAUAUGAAGUUGGCCUCUAUCCACCAGCUAUGUAACCGAUGUUACAGGAAUCUCAACAAAGAUGGGAUACUGAGAAGAGCUUUACAGACUAGCAUGGUCGGGAGACAAAUUUGUUCUUCAAACGAAGGUCUAAAUCAUCAAGGAAUUUCAGCUUUGAAUGGGUCAAAGAUGUCGGGUCGUAGUCUUGUGUUGGUGAAAGGCCGCGAUGCUUCUGACCUCCUCCAGGGUUUGAUGACCAAUGACAUAGAACAGCUCGACAAGGAGGGAGGUCAAGAGGUCAUCUAUUCCAUGUUUCUAAAUAAACAAGGCCGAGUUCUGUAUGAUGUUUUGUGCUACCAAUGGAGCAGAGAUGAGAGCGAUGAGAUACCAUCAUUUCUUUUAGAAUGUGAUAGUGCCAUCUCACAGGAAUUACAAAAGCAUCUCAAAUUGUACAGGAUAAGAAAGAAGGUCGAUAUCACAUCCUUGGAUUCAGAGUACCAGGUUUGGUCCGUCUUUAGUCCAGGUACCACUCCUAGUCCAGGUUCUCAGUCUGGUCAGUCUCAUUUAUUCACUGACCCCAGGGUCAAAGGCUUAGGUCAGAGGGUCAUCAUCUCCCGUGACGACCAAGUCCCUGAUGUGGAAGAGGUUAGCGAAAACCACUACAGGACCCAUCGUUAUCAGUGGGGCGUGGCUGAAGGGGUCGACGAGCUUCCACCGGGCGAAUGUCUCCCUCUCGAGUCCAACCUAGCUUACAUGAAUGGAGUGAGUUUCACAAAGGGUUGCUAUUUGGGCCAGGAACUGACUGCUAGGACACAUCAUACAGGUGUCAUUAGGAAAAGGAUUAUGCCAAUCCAGUUUACAGGGAAUGCAAUACCUACUAUCCCAGCUGGUACGAGCAUCAAGACCUCUGAGGGGAAGAACGUGGGUAAAUUAAGGUGUCACCUACAGCAAAAUGGACUUGCCCUCCUGAGGACAGCUCUCAUAGGUAACAAACUUCAGAUCAGCACAGAAGAUAAAGGGGAAGCUGAGCUGGAAGCGAAGAGACCGUCAUGGUGGCCAGAGGACAUCAACAAAUGAAAGGACGGACGUACCUUAAAGACUUUCAAGCAUUGGACGCAUAUAGGUUCGUCACCCAGUACCAGAUGUUGUUAAUCAUCCAGAGGCAAAUCAUGCAUCAGCUUUUGUGAGAAUUGGACACCUUUAAGACGUUUUCCCUGGUAAGAGAUGCUGUAAACAACGCAGAAUGGAAUUGUGCAUUGACUUUUGUUGGAAUCGGACACCUAUAAGAUGUUGUAAACCAUGCAGAGGGGAAACAGUCAUCACCUUGCAUGUGAAAUAGGAUACACAUGCGCCAGGUUUGAAGCUGCCUCCGACGCCGGCCUCAAGCCUGCCAUUUAGUGCGUAUACCCUUACACCAGAAGUAGACUGAAACCGCUUUGAGAUUCUUUAUCAGUGACGACUAUUUAAGUGACACGUGUGCCUAUCUUUUCCUGCCAGCAUUUUCUUUUAUUCGUUAGCAAUAACUAUUAUUCGCUACUAACCUAUUCUAGUUCAGUGGUCAAGGCCGCCUUUUAGGUGUACUCAGACCGGUCCGGCAAUACAAAAUAGGUGAUACCCAUACAUCGGCCUCAGUCCACCUUCGAUGUACAGUGUAUGUGUAUCUCCAGCCUUAGACUAGUCCGUAGACACCUUACCUAUAUAGAUGUACUGUAUGGUCAUUACCAAGUAACAGAUGAUUUACCAUGAUCAGCCAGUGUGAAAUUGAGUUUUAUGACAAAAAAAAAUCAUGUUGUUACUACACGCACAUUCUCCUUUCCUCAUAUGGAAUUGACAUCAUCUCGGUAUCCGUAGUCUGACAAUGCCCGCAGCGGGCAAAGGAAUGUCUGUGAUUUGAUCCAAUGAGUCUGCAUUGCUGGUUCCAUGACAUAUGCUCCACUCAAAAUCCCACACACUAAUCGAAUGGCCAACUUUGACCCUGGGUUUAACACUAUACCCUACCCUAAACCUGACCAUUAAACCCUAUUGCAACCAGUUUUGUGACAUCCCAACUCCCGGGACAUCACGGGAAGUCAUGGAAAGCAGCAAUGUAGACAUGGAAAAGUCAUGGAAUUCUGUUUUCGAAUAUCUGUGGGAACCCUGGUCUUGUUCCAAUGACCCAAUGAGAUGUCAGUCCUUUUUGAAAACUUCACGGAUAAAUUAUAGGGAGGUUAAGUAGAUUGUGUCCAUUGAUAGAUGUGUAAUGUGAAAUAUUUUGCUGAAUAAUCGCCAGAUAUUUUCAUAAAUUUCAUAUUAUAUACAAGGCCAUUUAAAUCAUUUCCAAGCCUAUUAUCCUAUAGCUACAACUACUCAUUAUAAACUUCAAGUAUUUUAUUCAAAGAUAUUUUGGUUUGUUCAAAGAUUUUUUUGAAUAAUAGAUAUGAAGCUAUCUAUUCAUAUUCCAUCUUGAUAUGAUUUUUUUUACAUUAGGCUCAUACGCUCACAUUGUUAUCAGUAAUGUUAUUUAAUGAUUUUUGAGAUAGAAAGUCAGUUCAUAGACAUUUGCUUCUGUGGCAGUUGCACUUACAGGAACUCCACACAUUCAGGCAAACAUGAAUUCAAUAUACUGUGGCUCACUGUGUGGGGGGUGACAAUGAUUUGAUGAGAUUUGCUCAUAUGGGUUCAUAAGGUCAAAUGUCAGUGGCCCGUAUUCUAAUGUCGGGUUUAACUUAAACUCAGGAUUAAAGUUGUGGUUUAAUUAUGGAUAGCCAAUUGCUACAUAAAUCACUAACAGUAGAGGUAUCAUAUUUUAGCUCAUUUGGCUCUCAAAUCAUUCAUAAUUGUCUAGGAAGUAUAAAUAGAUGAUUGUCUUCCCCAUCGAUGAAUCAGGAAAGAGCACAGUAAACAAAAGAAACAUACAACUUAAUAAAAAUUUUGACACUUUUGGCUUCCCGUAAUUUUAGCACAGAGUUAGACAAUGGUCUAAGUUAAACCUGACUGGGCCACAGUGGUUUCUUUACACAUGAAAGUGCUUGUUCUCAAGAAGAGUAAAAAGUGUAUGAUGGAAGAUGAAUGCCACUUGUGGUAACAAUGUCAAACUGAUUUCGUACAGAAUGCAAAAUGCAAUCAAAUUUUUGUCUUUAUAAAUAUAAUAUAUGUACCAGAGCAUUCUGGAAGAAAUUGUGUAAUUGCUGAGAAAAUAGCAAAACAAUUCAUGCAUCAUAUCUGGUUUUUUUCCCAAGCAAUAAUGAUACACCAACCCACAUAUGCUUAUCUGUGUUGAUGAUCCUCACUGGUUGGUUUUCAGCCUAUAUUUCAUGAUUUCACAAAGUUCAAUUAAUGUAACUACCACAGAGCUGCCGAGUAGAACUGAUUUUCAGAAAUUAUUACUACUGAAAAAUAAGAAAUACUGGUGGUUUCGUGCAAAUUACUGAUUUCGAAAGUUUCAGUUUAUGUGUUGUCCUAUGGUAUUUCUGUGACAAUACUGAUUUUCUUACCGAAAUACUGAUUUUCAGCCUUUAGAAUACUGAAAUGUUCUUGAUUAGGUUGGCAUCCCUGCUACCAGAUCUAGAUCUAAGAUGAUAUAGUGGUAAUUAAAAUUCGUUUUACAGACUUCCUUGUAAAAGCAGUGCUCUUUCAUUUUCUUUUCUCGCAUGCAUACCUAAUGGGAGUGACUACAAUCUGAUCAGGGGACUGUUUCACAAAAGACUUACAAAAUAAUGUGGUGACUUUCAAACUACCAUGGAAAUCUUUACUGUGAUUGGUUCCUGGGCAUUAUUAACAUGUUAUUUGCCAUAUAAAAUCACCAUAGCUGUAAUUCUUGAAAGAGGUCAAUUGCCAAUUCGUCUAUUGCCAACUCGUCCUCUCAUCACAUGGUCUACCUUCACCUAGUUUAAUGCCAUUUCGGCCAUCAACAUUUCGUUAACAACCAUUUGGUCAAGUCAUCACUUCAUCUUAUCACCAGAUUGUCUAUGACCAUUUCAUCUCAUAACUAUGUGGUUGGUACAAAACCCUGUUUUAUUUUCAUUUAUUUUAACACUUGGUCCAAUUAGACCAAAUGUUUUAUGGACUAAAGGGUUAUUGGACCAACUGGUUAUUUAACAAAAUGGUGAGUGGACGAAAGGGCAAUUAGACCAUGUGGAUCGUGGGCGAACUGAUGGUGUACCAGUGAUAGUAGACAAGUUGGUAAUUGGACGAAUUGGCAUUAGACCAAUUGUCAAUAAACCCUAAAUAAACCCAAUAUAUUUAUAAAAUUAAUAGUCAGUUUGUUUUCACGACUGAUAUUUUCAUGUAAUUAAUUAUUUUUUUCACUGUCAUUUGUCAUUGUUUAUUUUUUACUAUCAAACAGUCAUAUUCAUAUUAGAUCUUUGAAAUAUAUACUGUAUGUCAUCACGUUUGGCUCAAUAUUCAGACAAUAAAUGACAUUUUAAUUACAAUAUGCUGACUGUAUAUAAGAUGAAUUAUAUAAUGAAUAAAAUGAACAUAACAGUAAAAUGUAA